CAGUUCCAACGCGACGGCCCGGCAUGGCUGCUGGAUACAUAGCUCCAUUGUAUCCGUCCACAACAGAGGAGGAGGCGAACCGCCAUGAGGUGCGACAUCAGAUCAACUCGCUGAAGAGCAAAAACGAAGGCAUUCGAGAAGACAUGAAGAACACACUGCGAGAGAUCAAGAGCAACACAGAGAAAGCCUUUUGGGCACGACGUCAGACCGACGACCUGCAAGAUAGGGCGCAGUACAUCCGUAUCGCAACGAUCAGCAACCCUGCGCCCAUUGGACAAUACUGUCCGAAGCUCCGAGGGCCACCUCCUGAUGAGUACUAUCAGGACCAGAUCUUCAAAGUGCGGCAAAAGACACGGCAGCAACUGAUGUCGGAAGCUGCGAAGCUGAAGGGUGAGCCAUUAGCGUUGGGCUUGAGUCCUCCGAGGGCCAAAGAGGUGCCGUGCAAUUUUUCGCCAGCUCUGGGCACAGAAAGCAGUGUGCAGAAACUGAAGGAUCCAGUGUUAUUGGGACUGCGUAACCAGACACAUUGGAACUCCAUGCGAAAGUAUGGAAAGCUGCCUGAGUUGUUGCCAAGGGACAGCCCUGACCAUCCCUUUAAGGAAGACACCAAUGCCUGGUUGGCCCGCUCGGGUGACGAACAACCCGCUCGCAACAGGAAGUACGUCUCAACCUUGACACGCUCGAGGACGGAGCCAGACUUGUGAGGGACAUGUUUCACAUCGUCGUGACGCGCAUGCUCCAUGAUAGCAGCCAUGGUAUAUUUCAUGAGGGGUUGCUGCAUGCCCUUCCGAUCUUUGAGUUGCCAUGGAGCGCCAUGUAUUUCGGGCAUUUGGCAAAGCCAGGCCCAUUUUAUGGCAGUGUGUGCCCCUUUGUGCGACGCUAGAAAUGGAGACGCACCGGGUGCGUUACGGUUUU